AUGGCAGAAGCAAUUCUAUUCAACUUAGCAAGUAAAGUUGUGGAUAAGAUAGGUUCUCCUGCUCUAAGGGAAGUUGGCUUGGCAUGGAGUUUUGAAGAUGAGUUGAAAACACUCGAGGCCAGAGUGUCGAUGAUCAAGGCGGUGCUCAUAGAUGCUGAUCAGAAGCAGCAGCAGCAGCAGCAAGGGAACAACAACCUUGUCAUAAGCCUAUGGCUAGAAAAACUCGAAGCUUCUUUCUAUGAAGCUGACAACGUGCUUGAUGAAUUCCACUACGAAGCUUUGCGAUGCAAAGUACAGUUAAUGAGGAUAAUGAAUCAUAGAAACAUUGGAAUACAGAAACUGGUACGCAUAUUCUAUUCAUGUUCACACACACUUGAUUUCCGGUUUAAAUUUAAAAUGAGUUGUAGAAUCGAAAAGAUCAGAAAAAAAUUAGAUAUGAUCGUAGACGAUAGGACUAAAUUUCAUCCCAUAGUCUCAAAGGAUCAAAAACAAACUGAAACUGAUCCUAAGGCAGCCAGCACGUCACUCUCCUCCAAUGCAAAUGAGUCGGAAUUCGUUGGAAGGGACAACGAUAUAGAAAGGUCGUUACAACUUAUAAUGUCCCCUAGUGUUGACCACAAGAACAUAUCUGUCAUCCCCAUUGUUGGGAUCGGAGGCGUUGGCAAGACCACUCUGGUUAAAUUGUUGUUCAAUCACGAAACCCUAGUCAGGCAUUUCGACUUGAGGAUUUGGGUGACAGUAGCACAAGAUCUUAACGUUAAACGUGUGAUGCAAAAAAUUAUUCAACGCAUAACUGAUUCUAAUUCGCCUUGCACUGGCCUCAAUUCGAGUAAGAUAAAGAAGCUCCUCAAAGAAAAAUUGCAUAAUAAGAAUUUUUUGCUCGUCUUGGAUGAUGUAUGUGAUAGUGAUAACCGAGAUUGGCUUAAGUUCUGUAACCUUUGA